CCCUAGAGAGCAUCAGUUACCGACUGGCAAGGAUACCAAACUAAGUUCUCUCAAGAAUAUCUCCGUGGAUUCAAUAUUCUGUUCAAAAUGAUGAAGCUCUUUUGUUUGUUCGUUUUUCUGGCGAUGGCCGUUGCUCAUCCGACGCCAGGGAACCAAAACGACCGACCGGAAGCACCCGCAAACCAGGAAAUGCAGCUACCAGGAGUCUCAGACGAUGGCGAUAUGGAAAAGGCGGAAACAUUCGGUUUCGGGUUUCACAACCAUUACCACAUUGUACCACAAUAUUAUGGUGGGUCAUAUUAUGGUGGUUAUGGUGGUUAUGGCGGUUACGGCGGCGGAUAUUACCCCUACUAUGCACGCAAUUAUGGAUAUCCUUACUAUUACUGAGCUGUGAAUAAAUUAAAAAUGUUGUUUGAAAA